CUAAAUGAAAUGGAACCUGAUAUAAUUACUAAUCGAACGAAAGAGCUAACUGCUGACGAAAAAGAUAAGCUAGAAGAGCAGAACAAGCGCCUGGUACCUGAGUUCAAAGCAAAUAAAUUGGAGAUUGAUGCCCAGAGACACUGGGACUUAUUCUACAAGAGAAAUGAGACGCGGUUUUUUAAGGAUCGUCAUUGGACAACGCGCGAAUUCCAGGAACUGCUGGCUGACCAGGCAAGUGCACCAACUGGUCCACAAGAGAAGCGUACUCUCUUGGAAGUAGGUUGCGGUGUUGGAAAUCUAGUAUUUCCAUUACUAGAGGAACAGAUAAAGGAAGAAACAAAUGCUGGAUUCUAUUUCUAUGCUUGUGACUUUUCUCCACGUGCUGUGGAAUUUGUGCGUUCCAAUUCCCUCUACGAUACCAAGCACAUAACAGCGUUUCAAUGUGACAUUACGUCGCAACAGGUUCAUGAGCACAUUGCACCCGAAAGCUUGGAUGUGUGCACAAUGAUUUUUGUACUGUCCGCCAUUCAUCCGGAUAAAUUCAAAGCAGUAAUUGCGAACCUUGGGAAAUUGCUCAAACCGGGUGGCUUGGUGUUGUUCCGAGAUUAUGGGCUCUACGAUAUGGCACAACUGCGCUUCAAGCCGGGCCACAAAAUUGCCGAGAAUCUCUAUAUGCGGCAGGACGGCACACGCAGUUACUACUUCGCUGAGCAGGAAUUGGCACAGCUCUUCAACGACAGCGAUUUCGAGGUGAUUAGCAAUAACUAUGUGCAUCGACGAACCUUAAAUCUGAAGGAGGGAAUCGAUGUGCCGCGCAUCUUUCUGCAGGGAAAAUUCAGAAAACGGAUAAAGUCGCAAUGAUUAAGUAUCAUAACACUCAUUCGUCAGUUCCCUUUCAUUUAGGUAUACAUAUAUAUAUAUAUUUCUUUAGUUUAAAUCAAUAUUAACAUUGGUUGUAAGUCAACGUUCAAUAAAUAUUUUGUAUGUAU